AUGAAUGAUCGAAAACUUGAAAAAACUGGUUCGGCGGAAAAAGAAAAAGAGAAGGAGGAUAAAGAUAAAUUGCUCCGACUAACCAAUGAUUUUUUGGUGAGUUAUUGAAAAUAUCCAAUUUUUAUGAAUAUUAUAUUUUCAUAGGAUCCUGAAGAUGCUGAAACUUCCUCUUUACGAGUUUUGGAUAGCGAAACAGUUUUCAGCACGCAGAUUGAACUUGUGAAGGCUCCUCAAAAAACACCUGUUUGA